AUGGAAUUAUUUUCUCCACAACCAGAGCAUGCUCAGUUGAAUACAGUGGUGACUCCAAAGGAAAAUAAUCAAAUUUUAGAAUUAUUAAAAAACGUUAUUACACAAGAUUCUGAUUCUUGCUCAAAGAAUGCAAUGGAAAUUCAUUCUAACGAGCAUAGCAUCAAUACAAUGUUGAUGGCUAAUAGAGUAUUGCCAAAUCAUCACAACGGACCUUUACUACUUUCGGAUGUGCCCUACAAUGAUACUAAUAAUACUAAAUAUGAAGGAGUGAAUAGAUUGGGUAAUCCAAGAAUGUUAGAGUCACGUUGUCUUGGGUUGAUUAAUUCUACUUCAAACAUAGAUUCAAUACUAGAUGAGCAUCAUAUCCCUUCGCCCCCAUUGUCCCCUCAAUUAAGCCCAAUUGAAUUUUCAAAGACUUCUAAAGAGAUUGCACCAGUGAAAAAAAUUGGCAUUAUGGUUAAACCAUGUUGGCCUCAAGGUAUGACAGUGAAAAGAUAUAGGUAUGGUACACAUGGUUUCUUAUCUCAAUAUAGAUCAUUUAGUGGUAUAAAGACAAUGGAUACAUCAGGGAAGACAAGGUAUGUUGGAAUGCCUGCAAACAGAUAUACUAAGAGAUAUAGACCUUAUAAGUAUAGCUCGGCAGAAUACAUUGAAAGAUUACAACGUGCAAGAAAUAGAGGAGUCAACGAAGGUCUUUUCUUUGAUAGUGAAAAUGAUGAUUCUCAAAUUGACCGCAGUAGAGCUCCUUCAACUCCUGUCCGUAAGGUUAAAAAAGCAACACCUUUGACGUCUCCACCUUUAGCAUCAGCUAAUAUUGUUAAUAAUACUCCUCAGUACAUUCCAAACAUGUCAUGGGAAAAAUUGCCAGACUAUUCCCCUCCAUUAUCCACAAUACCUCCAAACAAUGUAAAAGUUAUGAAGGUAGAAUGGAAAGGUUCUCCAAUGGAUUUAUCUCGUGAUCCAUUGAAGGAUAAAUUGCAUCCUGCUGAACUAGUAUUGGCACAGAUAUUGAGAUUACCAUGUGACUUGUACUUGGACUCAAAGCGAAGAUUAUUCUUAGAAAAGGUUUAUCGUUAUAAGGAGGGUUUACCGUUUAGACGUACUGACGCUCAGAAGGCUUGUCGCAUAGACGUUAACAAGGCUUCUAGGUUAUAUGCAGCAUAUGAGAAAAUUGGCUGGUUAGAAGAUUCUAAUUUUGACAAAUAUUUGUAA